AUGGGCUUAUAUUGGCCCUCCAGAAGGAUAAAAAAAAAAUGUGGAUUCGAUAAAAGCGACGGGCCGCUCGAUAUUGCUGGCUGCACACGCUCUCUCGUGCCUCUCACAGGCCUUACCCUCAUUUUUGGUCCUCUCUGCUUUCUGCCGAGCACGCCAGCUUGUCCCUGCCUGGCACCCGUGCUUCUCUUUGCACGCGCUUGCCACUAUACCCAUUCUUCGUGCUACUGCUCUCCCGGCCCAGGCAUCAUGCAGUCCUGGAACCCGGCCGCUUUACUGCAGCCUGGCCGUCGCCAACCUAUUAACAGUCGUCUCGGCACACCGUCUUCGUCUUCCAAUCCCGCGUCACCUGUCCCUGCGGCCUUGCGGGAUCGAGCUGAUUCUGAAUCCAGCGCCAGUAACACAGUGUUUCACUUUGCCACGCCCGCCGACAGUGCCUCGGACAUUCCUAGCGGCCCCUCAACGCCUGGUAGCAUCACACCUAUCUCUGGUGCUGGAUCCUGGAUUGAACGUGCCAACAAUGUCCAAGCUCGGUCCGCUAUUCCGCAAGCCAAGCGAAGAAAAGUGGAAGAUUUUGGAAACGAUGGAAACCAAGCGAAUAUGCCGACAAGAAAUGGUGGCGGCGGCCUGGGAGACUAUGUUCGAGACCAGCAGCAACAGUCCAAUGGCGCUCUUGCCACCAAGGCCAUGAUGGUUGACUUGACAUCUGGUACCGAUGAUGAAAUUCAGGAGAUCAGCGAUCCCAAGGACGAGGAGGUUUGUUACGGCAUGAUUAAGACGAGCCUAAACUGUACUCGCGUUCCGUCGCCCAAGCCCGGAACUCAAAGUCUAUUUGGCCCCGGCUACACUCCGCCCAUCAAGAUCAACCUCAAAAGGGCCGUGGGCGACCAGACUCUCAAAAUACCCGCCUCUGACUUCACUCGUGAAGUUAUCGGCCACCUCGCGCCUGGAACUGCUGGUGCUUUAAGUCCGCUACUGGAUAGCAACUUACGCCUCCGAACUGAAUGCCGCAUUCCUUCACAGCCUCGCAAGCCGGGUGAGAAUUCGGGCGCUCCCACUUCGCGGGGCUAUCACUUUGAAAUCGUUCUCUAUGGUCCGCUGAAAUAUGCUAAAAACAUUGGAGAGCAUCUUAGAAAAAACGGCCAGCAGCUUGUGGCACCGCACAUGGUCCAAAAAGGCAUUCGUGUCCAGAAUCCUCACGUUAGCGAGUAUAGACCACCCAUUCCCCGAACCUAUUCCUCCAACAACACCAGUGCACACGCACUACCCAGUUCUCUAUCCACCCGGACGGUAGAGGAAGUCCGUUCCGAAGUCCUCGGUGUCUUCGACUCUAUGACGAAAAGCGAAGACUUGCCCCCGAUGGACCCGCCCGAUAUCAUCACCACCCCGCUGCUGCUGCAUCAGAGGCAGGGCCUCUACUUCAUGACGACUCGUGAGACCUCGCAUACCCAAGAUCAGAGCGCACAGGGCCUUGUGUCUUUCUGGCAGACUAAGCUUGGUCCUAAUGGCCAGAAAUUUUAUUUUAAUGUUGUCACGGGCCAUCACCAAAAAUCCCCGCCGCCAGAGACCAAAGGCGGCAUCUUGGCCGACAUGAUGGGACUUGGCAAGACUCUCAGUAUUUUGUCCUUGUUGGCAACCACUACAGCCGACGCCAAACAGUGGGAAGCCAAACCUCCUGUGCAGCCCACUCCUGUGGACCCCAAGACUGUUACCCGAAGUGACAUAUUGGGUGUUAAUCAGCCGGCUCUUGGCUUGACCACCGUGAUUCGAAAUUCAAGAGCGACUUUGAUCGUGUGUCCCCUCAGCACAGUAACCAACUGGGAGGAGCAAGUCAAGCAGCACGUUAAGCCCGGCGCUUUAAAUGUUCAUAUUUACCACGGCCCAAACCGCAUCAGAGACGCAGUAAGUCUUGCGUCUUUUGAUGUGGUCGUCACAACCUAUGGCUCAGUCUCUAAUGAGCUGAGCUCUCGGAAGAGGGGAAAGCACGGCCAAUAUCCAUUGGAGGAGAUUGGCUGGUUCCGCAUUGUCCUUGACGAAGCCCACAUGAUUCGGGAGCAAAGUACAGUCCAGUUCAAGGCCAUUUGUCGCCUCCAAUCGGCAAGAAAGUGGGCUGUCACGGGUACGCCUGUCCAAAAUCGACUCGACGAUCUUGCCGCCCUUCUUGCCUUUUUGCGUCUACAUCCAUUCCAUGAAAGGAGCAAGUUCCAUCGCUUCAUUGUGGAGCCCUUCAAAGUCUGUGAUCCCGAAAUUGUCCCAAAGCUCCGUAUCCUCGUCGAUACAAUAACUCUUAGAAGACUCAAGGACAAAAUCGAUCUGCCACCGCGGCAAGAUCUUGUUGUUAAGCUUGAUUUUGCACCUGAGGAGCGUGCCAUCUAUGACAUGUUUGCACGAAACGCCCAGGAUCGUGUCAAGGCGCUCGCUGGCACGCGUGACAAAGGCCUUGGUGGCAACACUUAUAUCCAUAUACUCAAAGCCAUACUGCGACUCCGACUUCUAUGCGCCCAUGGCAAAGAUCUCCUAAAUGAAGCAGAUCUAGCUGCACUUGCCGGCAUGUCUGCCGAAAUGGCCAUCACUAUUGAUGACGAGGAUGAGGAUGGCCCAGCGAUUUCUCGUCAAAAGGCACACGAAAUGUUCACGCUCAUGCAGGAUACCAAUAAUGAUGCUUGCAUUGAAUGUAGCAAGAAGAUCGCCGCUAAUGAUGACUCCAUGGACAAUGAAACCCAGGGAGAUAUUCUUGGUUACAUGACGCCAUGUUUUCACGUCAUUUGCCGCUCUUGUAUCCGAGGUUUCAAGGAGCGUAUCCGUUUUGACUUUGCCGAGCUACGACGAGCAGACGUGGAGGCUGAACACGAUGGUGCUAGCCAUAAAUCGAAGACUGGUCUGAAGCGAACUGACGGUUAUGACGGGCCACAUACAAAGACCAAGGCCCUUCUCGAAGAUCUUCUGAAAUCGGAAGCAGCCACCAGAGCUAACCCUAAUGAGCCACCUUACAAGUCAGUGGUGUUCUCUGGCUGGACGUCGCACCUAACCCUGAUCGAGCUUGCCUUGAAGGCUGCCGACAUUGCUUUCACUCGCCUCGACGGGACCAUGUCACGCGCAGCUCGCACUGCGGCCAUGGAUAAGUUUCGUGAAGACGACAACAUCCACGUCAUUCUCGUCUCCAUCAUGGCAGGUGGUCUUGGUCUUAACCUGACUUCGGGCAACAGCGUGUACGUCAUGGAACCGCAGUUCAAUCCGGCGGCUGAAGCGCAGGCUGUUGACCGCGUUCAUCGCCUGGGCCAGAAGCGUCCUGUCAAGACCGUUCGUUACAUCAUGCGCAACAGCUUCGAAGAGAAAAUGGUGGAGCUGCAGGAGAAAAAGACCAAGCUCGCCAAUCUCAGCAUGGACAACCAGAGUCGGUCGCUGGACAAGGCCGAGUCGGCGCGACAGAAGCUCCAGGAUAUUCGCAGCCUUUUCAAGUAA